GCGUGGGGAUACUCCGUAAACUCGUUUCCCAAGCCACAACACAAUCUAUCCCGCAAUCUUACCAAAAACCCUAGCGCCUGCUCUCUCCCUUCCCUCUUUCCAUGGAAUCCGUCGUCGAGGAAGCUUCGAACCCGCAGUUCCAUCUCUCAGAUCCCUCUCCUCCGCCAGAAAACCUGGCUCUGGACACUGCCGAGCCGCCUUAUUCGGAUAAACCGCCCCAAUCUGACGACUCCUGUCUCGGUGCCGCUGGUAAUAAUUGUCAGAUCGAGUUCCCCAAGCCUAGGCUCGACUUCACCAAGCCUCUCCUGUCCGAGAAUGGACUCACCAACACAAACAGCGGUGACAGGGACUUCUCCGGCGGCGAAGAGGAGACUACGAGCCGUCGCAAGCGGAGGAGCCGCUGGGACCCGCAGCCGGACGGUAGCGGUGGCAAUCAGGCGGCCGAUGGAGGCGGGAGCAAUAACGGUAGCAGUAAUAAUAAUAAUGAAACCGGGAGUGGUGCUCGGAAGAGGAAGUCGAGGUGGGCGGAUGAUGAGCCGAAGCCUGUGAUUCAGCUCCCUGAUUUUAUGAAGGAUUUCACCGGAGGUAUUGAAUUCGACCCCGAAAUCCAGGCUUUGAAUGCUAGGCUUCUCGAGAUUAGUAGGAUGUUACAGUCUGGUACGUCACAGUCUGGUUUGCCGUUGGAUGAUAGACCUGAAGGAGCUAGGUCUCCUUCUCCUGAACCUAUUUAUGAUAACAUGGGAAUUAGGAUCAAUACUAGAGAGUAUAGGGCCAGGGAGAGGUUGAACAAAGAGAGGCAAGAGAUUAUUUCACAGAUCAUCAAGAAGAAUCCUGCUUUUAAGCCUCCUGCUGACUACAGGCCCCCAAAGCUUCAUAAGAAGCUAUACAUACCAAUGAAGGAAUACCCAGGGUAUAACUUUAUUGGAUUGAUUAUUGGACCUAGGGGGAACACGCAGAAAAGAAUGGAGAGGGAAACCGGUGCUAAGAUUGUAAUUCGAGGGAAAGGGUCGGUGAAGGAGGGCAGGCUGCAGCAGAAGAGGGAUUUGAAGCCGGAUCCUUCUGAGAAUGAAGAUUUGCAUGUUUUGGUUGAGGCUGAGACUCAGGAGGCCUUGGAUGCUGCUGCUGGCAUGGUUGAGAAGCUUUUGCAACCGGUUGAUGAGGUUCUGAACGAGCAUAAGAGGCAGCAGCUUAGGGAACUAGCUGCUUUGAAUGGGACGAUUAGGGAUGAAGAGUAUUGUCGGUUGUGUGGUGAGCCUGGACACAGGCAGUAUGCUUGUCCAUCGCGGACUACAACGUUUAAGAGUGAUGUGCUCUGUAAGAUUUGUGGUGAUGGUGGACAUCCUACCAUUGAUUGCCCAGUUAAGGGAACAACUGGGAAGAAAAUGGACGAUGAAUACCAAAACUUCUUGGCGGAAUUGGGUGGGACGAUGCCCGAGUCCUCGAAUAAGCAAACUUCCACCUUGGCCUUGGGGUCAAGUGGAUCUGGAAGCAAUCCUCCAUGGGCUAACAACACUGGGGGUAUUGGCAGUGCAAAUCAAGCCGGACUAGGAGCCACUGAUGGUAAAUCAACAAAGGAAUAUGAUGAUACCAAUCUUUACAUUGGCUACUUGCCUCCUACUUUUGAUGAUGAUCGUUUGAUCCAGUUAUUCUCUGCAUAUGGUGAGAUUGUGAUGGCUAAGGUAAUCAAGGAUCGGGUUACUGGGUUGAGUAAAGGGUAUGGUUUCGUCAAGUAUCGUGAUGUUCAAAUGGCUAAUUCGGCAAUUACUGGCAUGAAUGGAGCUCGUGUUGAAGGUCGGACCAUUGCUGUGAGGGUGGCUGGUAAGCCUCCUCAGCCCAGUGUUCCUCCUGGCCCUCCUGCAUCCAACAUGCUGACAUACCCUGUAUCAAGUCAACCAGUUGGUGCCUAUCCAUCCCAGCAGUUCACCCCUGGUGGUCCUCUUCCACCUGUCCCUCCGGGGAACUAUGCUGCGCCUCCUCCGAGCUAUGGAGGUCCCCCUGUUCCUUGGGGACCACCUGUUCCGCCUCCCUAUGCUCAUUAUCCUCCACCCCCACCCGGUGCGAACAUGUAUCCACCACCUCCUCCUCCUCCUGGACACCCAAUGGCACCUUAUGGCAUGCAAUAUCCUCCACCGGUGCCUCCGGCUCCCGGUGCUCCUAAUCCAGCAGUGACUUCUGAAGCUCAACAAAGUUACCCACCAGGCGUCUCGGCGGAGAACCACACUUCUGCUCCGCCUCCUGCAUCAUCUAAUAUCUAUGGGAACGUUCCACCAAUGCAAUCUUCCGUUCAACCACUUUAUGCAACAGCUUCUCUAGGUUACUCAUCGUACUAUAGUGCAGUUCCUCCUGCUGCUGCUCCUAUGCCGACAAGUGAUCACUCCCAGGGGAUGAGCAAUUUACCUUGGGCUCCAAAUCCACCACAACCGCCACUUCCAGGAGCUUCCACUGGAGAGAAAACGAACUAUGGAGCUGAUGCAGAGUAUGAAAAGUUCAUGUCAGAGAUGAAAUGAUGCCUCACUUUGUGUUGCUGGUACCUAUUUGUUAAGAGGUAUGUUCUCAUCUGUAAUUUUAUGCAUGCUAAAAUUAAACGUUGUACUUAUAACUGAUAAUUUUUCACUUAGAGGUAGAAUUACACUUUCCUGAUCUUCCAAAUAACUGAGGAAAGUACACAACGAGUAACCUAGUUAUCAUUUAACUCGAGUUACAACUUUCUCUUUUCUGUAUAACUGAAGCAUGCAACACCUGUGUUCUUAUAGUCCUGGAGGCAAAUGUAUAUCCUUAGGAUUCCCAAGUACUGUAACUGAUUACUUUCAACUCCUCAAUUCCUCUACUUUUCAGAAGGGAAAAAAAAUAAAACCCUUGAAAGUUUAGUGGUACUAUUUAGUGGUCGUCAUCAUGCCUCUGUCAGUGAAGUGAUUGAGAAUUGAGAUGCUUCACAUUGACAUGAAGUGAACAAUAUUUGUACUAUAAUGUUUUUAUGCUUCUCAUGGCCUUGGAGGUGGAUUCUGAAUUUGCAUUACUAUUGCUCUGCUUAGUUGGAGCUGAUGAAUGUCAGUAUGUGAGUUUACUGUACAACCGAGAAUCAUUGAAUAAUGAUGUGCCUUCAUAUCUGCUGAUUCCUAUCCAUCACAUAUAUCCACUAUAUGAUUAUAUUGUCAUACCAUCUCAUGCUAUGUUCUUUCUAUUUACACUUCUUAAUCAGUUGUUUUUGUCGUUAUUGGAUAAUUUUUCAGGCCUGAUGUUUCUUGGAGCAACCUGAUUUCUUACAUCUUGCCAUGACUUUGAAGUUUGGGACUCACAUCUUUAACCUUGCUGUACUGUUAUGACAUUUGCAGAGAUUCGUGCUGCUAUUACAAUCCACAGAGCCUCUCAUAUCAGAGAAUCGAUCGGAGUUUUAUUGAUGUUCCUCACUGUUUUGUAGGACUUAAAUCAUUAUAUUCUUGUGGAUAAUGGUGCUUCGAUAUUAUGCUUUUUAUUUGCUAAUCUUUCUUUUAGUGCUUCAUUUCAAAAUUAUUAUGGAAAUUGGAGACAUGUCUCCUGCUGUUGUGUUUGUGUCCUACAGGUUGUUCACAUUGGGACUCUGGUUUCUGUCAUACUUUCUAUGUUAAGCUCUCAAUAUUUUGUUAUCUUAGUGCUCCUGAUGUUUCUUGGGGUUGGCAUUCCUUCGAGGCAUUCAAAGGUAUAUAAGCAAUUCCCUGGAAUGUCGAGGCCUUUUUGGUAGGUUGGAGAAGCUGCUGCUGCAGCUCAUAUCUAUCUGUGUUCAUGUUAUAUUUGUUCAUGAAGCGCUUCCUUGACAUGGUACUUCCUUUCAAUACACACACUGACGAUUCCUUAUUGGAACGUAGAGAUGAUUCGGAUUUCGGUAGGUUGAAAUGACACUGCUACAGAUGUUUCGAGACAACUCAAUUCUGCGUUUUUCUUCUGUUGAUGCUCUCACUGUUGCAUAGCAUAGACUGGUGUUAUACUGGAGCUCAUUGUAUGGUAAACGUGUUAGACGAGUUAGGUGCUCGUAUAUAGGGCUAGUGAUCAGGUUCUUAUGGCAGCGCAUAAGCUCUUCUUCUAAAGUGGGAACUUAACCUCUAGUUGCAGGUCUUUCAGAAGAUAAUCCAGCUUGGAAUAUAUUGAGUUAAUGCCUUUUCUCUUGAUAUUUUGCUGACCCUCUGCUCUAACCCCUUGUAUGUGAGUUGGUCAGGAAUCGUUGAAAAUGGUAAGAGGGAAUUUGUUGCCAGCAAAGGCUCUCUCUCUGGACUUUGUCAAAGGAGAUUCUGGGGUUGGCGAUCGGCUAUUAGUGUUGUCAAGAGAGAGUUAGGGUUCCUUUGUCCGAAUAGAAAACAAUAAAUAACAUUGUUAGGC